CGACGGGGAAGGAGGCGGGUGAGGAAAGGAUGACAGAAGUAGGAAAUGAAGGAGAGGAGCACCCGAGUGACGGGUGUGUGGAGAAGAUGGGAGAAGAGACGGAGACAGAAGGCGAAGAAGGGUUGGAAAAUGAAGAAGACUUGGAAAAAGGAGAUACAGAAACCAAAGAAGACUUGCUAACUGAAGAAGAGACAGAAAAGGAAGAAGAGAUGGAAAACAAGGAAGAGGUGGAAAGGGAAAAUGACGAGAAUAAGGAAGAUGAAGUAGACAAUGCAAACGAGGAGAAUAAAAAUGAAGUACAUAAGGAAACUGAGGAAGACAUUGAGAAAGAAGACCACAGACAAAAUACAGACAAUGAGAUGGAAGGGAAUGAAAAUGACGGGCAGAAGGAAAAUGAAGAAAAUACUGCGAGGGAAGAAGGAAAUGAAAAUGAAGAACAGGAAGAAAAUGAAGAAAAUAUUGAGAAAGAAGAAAAUAAAAAUGAACACAAAGAAAAUGAAGAAAAUAUUGAGAAAGAAGAAGUAAACGAAAAUGAAGAACAAAAGGAAAAUGAAGAAAAUAUUGAGAAAGAAGAAGAAAACGAAAAUGAAGAACACAAGGAAAAUGAAGAAAAUAUUGAGAAAGAAGAAGAAAACGAAAAUGAAGAACACAAGGAAAAUGAAGAAAAUAUUGAGAAAGAAGAAGAAAAUGAAAAUGAAGAACACAAGGAAAAUGAAGAAAAUAUUGAGAAAGAAGAAGAAAAUGAAAAUGAAGAACACAAGGAAAAUGAAGAAAAUAUUGAGAAAGAAGAAGAAAAUGAAAAUGAAGAACACAAGGAAUAUGAAGAAAGUAUUGAGAAAGAAGAAGAAAAUGAAAAUGAAGAACACAAGGAAAAUGAAGAAAGUAUUGAGAAAGAAGAAGUAAAUGAAAAUGAAGAACACAAGGAAUAUGAAGAAAGUAUUGAGAAAGAAGAAGUAAAUGAAAAUGAAGAACACAAGGAAUAUGAAGAAAGUAUUGAGAAAGAAGAGUGUUCCCAAGCCGCGGACAACACGAACACCGUCGAGGCGACAGACGAUACGAGUCAUGCCGCAGAGUCUAGCCCGUCCGCCAAAACUUUAAAACACGUUCAUGCAACCGAACCCCAAACGCAGACCAGUGCCACUCCUCCUGUGCCACGCCAAGCACCUCCUCAGACACCCACCCGUGCCCCUUCGUCUGCUUCACCCUCAACAACGACACCCCCGCCAGCCAACACCGCCUCUUUCCUACCGCCAAUUCCACGCCCGCCGCCCCCCUGGGACUGCCCUCCCAAGUGUUAUGACGGCAGCCGCCGCGCUCUGCACCAGGAACUACUGGACUUUCAUCGGUGGGCUGGCGGCUCAGACGCCGAGUACCAGCGUCGCCUGCGUCCAGUGGAGGACCUGCGGCGUGUGGUGGUCACAAUGUGGCCUCAGGUGCGCGUCGCGGCCACCGGCAGCCUGGCCAACGGCCUCUAUAUGGCGGACAGCGACGUCGAUGCGACACUGCUGGGCCACUGGCCCGCGUCACCCUCUCCACUGCUCGCACUCCGCGACGCCCUCCAGCGGGAGGGCGUGGCGCGGCUCGGCCAGCUCACCGUGCUGGAAAAGACGACGGUUCCACUGGUCAAGUUCGUCCACCAGGCGACGGGCUUGCCCGUGGACGUGUCCUUAGGCAGCGAGGCGGCCGUGCGCGCCGCAGAGCUGGUGCGGGAGUUGUUGCGCCGCUUCCCGGCCCUGGCGCCCAUCUCACUGCUGGUGCGCCACUACCUGCGUGGCCUGGGCCUGGCAGAGGUCUUCACGGGGGGCGUGUCAUCCUACGCCGUCACCCUUAUGGUCACCAGCUUCCUGCAGCUGCAGAUUCCCCCGGACGCCCAGCACGACCUCGGGUGGCUGUUGGUGAGCUUCUUCGCCUUCUACGGCUAUGAGUUUAAUUUCGCCAGCACGGGGAUCAGCGUAGUGGGGCGCGGCCGCUACCUGCGUAAGGAAGACGUGCCCAUCGUGAUGCCGCGCGGCCACCGGCGGGCGGACCUCUGCAUCCAAGACCCGCUCUGUCCCACCAACGACCUGGGGCGGUCCUCCUUCCGUGUCUGGGACGUGCGCAGAGCCUUCCAGCACGCCUACCGAGUGCUGGAAGCCGCCCUUUCGAGCCAGGCGUGUACGCCUCCCCUGCUCCCUGCUCGGCCAGCUGCUGGCGCGGCACGCCACGCCCCAGCGAGUCCUGCCAAAGUGGACGCCUCCACCCGUCCCAGCAGCAACAGGAGCCAGCAGGACUGCCUAUGA